GGAGGAGGAGGAGGGCGCUGAAGCAGGAAGGAAGGCUGGCAGAGAGAAGGGAGGCAGGCUGUGAAUGCUAACAAGCCCCGUCGUAAUAGAGCUCCGUAGGUAGUGUUUGAUAAAAACGUCUUGCAAUGGAGAGGAAAGACGACCACUAUUAAACACCUACUAUGCGCCAGUGCCGCGUUCGCCUUGUGCGCGUGCAACAGCCCCACCGUCGUCGGCACGUUUGAUCAGAAAAACCGUCUUUUUCCGCUGAGUGAAAUGUAUCGCGACUGCUCGGGCUUCACAUUCUGACAAUGGAGAUUGAAAAUAUCGUGGCCAACACGGUUCUCCUGAAGGCAAGGGAAGGUGGAGGAGGGAAGAGGAAUGGUCGCAGUAAGAAAUGGAAGGAGAUGCUAAAACUCCCCCACAUCAGCCAGUGUGAGGAGCUACGCCGGACUAUUGAGAGGGACUACACCAGUCUAUGUGAGAAGCAGCCCAUUGGUCGGCUGUUAUUCCGUCAGUACUGUGACACCAGGCCAGAGCUGAAGCGCUGCAUCGAGUUUAUGGAUACUGUGGCCAUGUACCAGCUCGCUCCUGACGAGAAGAGGAGAGACUACGGACUGAAUGUUUUAGACACAUACUUUAAUAAUGGGUCGGCAGCCCAUCUGCCAGCCGUACCCCCUGAUGUGGUCGCUGGGUGUCGGGAGAGGCUGGAGCAGAGUCCAUGUAAGGAUCUCUUUAAUGACUGCACCAAAAUAGUUCGUGAUUAUCUGAGUGGAGCUCCAUUUUCCUCCUACCACGAGUCCAUAUACUUCUCUCGCUUCCUGCAGUGGAAAUGGUUGGAGAGGCAACCAGUAACCAAAAAUACCUUCAGACAUUACAGAGUACUAGGAAAAGGUGGAUUUGGCGAGGUUUGUGCCUGCCAAGUACGUGCCACCGGUAAGAUGUACGCCUGUAAAAAGCUGGAAAAGAAACGAGUGAAGAAAAGAAAAGGUGAAGCAAUGGCACUAAACGAAAAACGCAUUUUAGAAAAAGUUAACAGUAGUUUUGUAGUUAGUCUAGCAUAUGCCUAUGAGACCAAGGAUGCGCUGUGCCUGGUGUUGACCAUAAUGAAUGGCGGUGACUUAAAGUUCCACAUCUACAACAUGGGCAACUCUGGCUUCGACGAGCAGAGGGCCAUCUUUUAUGCUGCUGAGAUCUGCUGUGGCCUUGAGGACCUGCACCGUGAGAGGAUAGUCUACAGGGAUUUGAAACCUGAAAACAUCCUUCUGGAUGAUCGUGGACACAUCAGAAUUUCAGACCUGGGCCUCGCUGUUCAAAUCCCCGAAGGAGAGACGAUACGAGGGAGAGUGGGCACUGUUGGAUACAUGGCUCCCGAGGUGAUCCAGAACGAGAGCUACACCGUCAGCCCGGACUGGUGGGGGCUGGGCUGCCUGAUCUUUGAGAUGAUACAGGGCCAGUCGCCCUUCCGCAAGCGCAAGGAGCGUGUCAAACGGGAGGAGGUGGACAGACGAGUGCGCGAGGACCCAGAGGAGUACUCUGAUAAGUUUGCAGAGGAGGCAAAGGACAUCUGCAGACAGCUCCUGGCUAAGGACCCCAAGGAGCGACUGGGUUGUCAGGGUCGAGGGGCCAUAGAGGUCAAGCAGCACCCCAUCUUCAGAAACAUCAACUUCAAACGGCUGGAGGCCAACAUGCUGGACCCUCCCUUCAGCCCCGAUCCCCGGGCGGUGUACUGUAAAGACGUCCUGGACAUUGAGCAGUUCUCCACUGUCAAAGGCGUGAACCUUGACCCCACUGAUGACGACUUUUACCACAAGUUUGUCACAGGCAGUGUCUCCAUCCCGUGGCAGAACGAGAUGAUUGAAAUGGAAUGCUUUAAAGAAAUCAACGUCUACGAGACUGAUGGGACUCUGUGCUCCGAUCUGGAUGUGAACCGGCCUAAUCCUCCACCAAAGAGAGGCUUCUUCUACCGCCUGUUCAGAAGAGAGGUCUGUUUUAAGAGCGGUUACAGUGACGACGAGAUCGAAGAGCCCUCGCGACUUUAAACCACUCCCUCCACCUGCCUCCUCUCCCCCCCCCUCGCCGCUGAACUUCACCACAAACUCCAACCAAGCGCAAAUCUUAGGAACUCAGUGAAUGUUGACCUGUAUUUAUGAGCUGUAUUAAAAGUGUAUUAUAAUUAAAGAAAAAAGUAUGAGUUUAAAGAUUUUGUACAUUUGUACUUGAAUUUAUGUCUAGAUGUAUAUUUUCACUAAAGGUUGUAUUGUACAAAAAGCCAUAAAAGUACCACUUGAAUGCAUACAUUAUGUUUUUAUUUCCUUUUUAUUUCCUUUUGGAAUGAGUAUGGAUAAUGUGUAUUGGGGAGUUUUUUUUAAAAAGCACAGUACCAGUAGUUUUUUUUUUUCUCAAUGUAGCAUAAGGUCUUUUUGUUUUUACAUGUGCUGUAUGUUUGUCAGUGAUUUAGCCAACGUGACGUGUUGUUAGCACAUCAGAUCCACCUGGUUCCCAAACUAACCCUUAGCCUCUGCAGGCUCAGGUCGAUCAGAAUGAAGCGCAUAGAUCCAAAUGGUAUUGGUGGAAAAUAAAUCCAGUCUAGCAUUGCUGUGUUGAUGCUAUGCUGCUUAAGCCUUCCACACAUGUUUCCAAGAUCUGCCACUUUGAUUUAAAUAAGUUUGGAAGUGAUAAUCAACAUCUUUCCCUGAGGCCAGUAAGCUAGGUUGCAGUAGACUGUAUGACGUGUGGUAAACUGUCUCCUAGGUGCCUGUACCAACUUAUUAUAGUAGAGAUGGAAUGGAUCAGCAUGUGCAACAAUUCGUAUUUUAAGGAAAUAUUACGGAGGCUGUUUUUUUUUUUUUUUUUUUUUUAGUAAUACAAGUCCUGAUAAUUAUCAUUCCUGGUCCUCUCCAAAAUCUCAUGAGCUGCAAAAGGCUCAGAUCUUUAUUUUAGAUGCCAGGCGGUUUCCUUUAGGAGAAGAGCUUGUUAAGUAAAUGUCUGUUACAUUAUUCACUCAGGCAAAACAGUUUUUGGUUGUUUAUCUUUACUCCUCAAACUUUGUUUUCUGCUUCUUUUUGUGUAAUCUGUCAAUCAUAUUUUAUGUGUGUACCAGAAACUCUAGGACAGGUUGAAUUGGAACAUAGAGACUGAUGAUGAUGAUGAUGAUGAUGGCACUGUAUACGAGAUCUCGCCUGCAGCUGAAAACAAAUUGUUGUUGCAUUAAACAAGCUUACAUUGAUUCAGCUGUCCCCAGCCUCUGCGCUGACUUGAGAUACAUUUUUGGUCUCUGUGCCGGUUGAUCAUAGAUGGCACAAAGCCUGUCAGCCACAUAUCCUGCUAGUAGACCUCCAGUUAGACCCUGUGGCUUUAGCUGUGUUUGUACUAGAUGAAAAUGACAUUUCUCAAUCAUAAUAGCGGCUGCCUUUAACUAUUCCAUUGAAAUCCUGUAUGUUGUCAUAAGAAUGACGUGAGACAGUUGCUUGUAUGUGUGUAGAUGGGGAGGAACAGGGGCAUAAUGUUUAUUAUCCUGCCUACCGAGUUGCUAUCAUCUAGUGUACAAAAACCCUCGCCACUUGCAGUUGUUGUGCACUUUUGUUUCAUCAUAGAAAUGUUUUCAAGUUAAGUGAUCCUGAACAAAUACAUUUUCUGUACAUUUACCAGCAUGUUCCAAUUAUUUGUAUUCAUUGGCAUUUCAGAGGCUUUUGAAGCCAUAUUGCUUUUGAAUUUCGGUUUUUAGUCAGUUGCUGUUUACUCCCCCACAACCUGUUUUUAAUGCUGUGAAUACCCAAUGUGCGAGCGUGUGUGUGUGUGCGUGUUUUGCAGCUUCUGUUUGAUCUAAUGCAUUGAAGUACAAUACAAUAGCUAGAAAUCAUGUAAGGACUUGAAUGGAACUCAAUUAAAUUUCCAACCAUUCAAGACCGCUUACAUUUAAAAUGGUACGCGUAGAGUUCCCCAUCUCAUUAACUAAUUUGGAGAGUUGGCCUGUUUAAAAAAAAAAAAUGUUGUCCCCUAUUGCACAUUCCAUUUAUCAAAAAUCAGGAAUCGAACGUGUGCAUCUGUUUCUGGCUUGACGUCACCUGAGUGUCUGUUAAUUUUUUGUUGCUCUCAGGCACAUUUUAAAGCAGAUUUCUCUUGCCUAUGUAGAUUUUAGCCUUUACGCUCUUUAGCCUCAAAAAACCUUGUAAAUUAUGUAUUUCUUAUUCUAACAUGUAACUAAGCUCUAACACAUUCAUUCACUCUCACAGGGAAACUAAACUGUGUUUGCCACCCAUGCCUCUGUCAUUUAACCUUACUCUUAUACCAUCCAUACAGCAGUAAAAAAAAUUGUUUAGUUUCAUUGCACUAUGGUGUGUUUUGACAAUGACUUUAGGAAGUGUCUUUAACUAUUUUUGCCAAUGAUACCAAAAGCAACAUUAAGUAAAUACAACUUGUCUUGUGAUCUGAAACAUUUACUGAAGAAAGACUGACAGCCUUCAUUGUAUGUGCCAAUAACCAAGUUCAGUUCUGACACCCCGCCUUUUUUCAACCUCUUUAUCAUUCCGUCCAUUCUGAGAGAAAGUCCUUCGCAUAAAGGAACUUUAAACAGCUCAACAGUUUUGAAUGUCCGCACUAAGUGCAUUGUAAUGCCUGUUUAAAAAAAAAAAAAAAAAUACAUAUGUUUUAUUACUCAAGCAUGUAUCGGUUUGUAAUACUUCAGGUUCCUUGUAUAUGUAAAUGAUGACCUUCUAGUGCCAACAUAUCUCACUGGUAUCUGAGGACAACUUUAUAAAUGGCAAGGUGACCAGCUGAGUUGGCCCUGUUUGAAUGCAUGACAUGUUUUCCUUCUCUCCUGCCUUCCACCAAGGUGGUGAUGGUGAGUCUCCCCCUUAAAACUUGGAUGGUGCUCACCAACAACGUUUAGAAGUGAGAGAUCCUCAGUUCCUUGAUGUCACUUGAGUCUAGAUUUGGAAUAACCACCGAUAAAUGCCUGGAGGUUUUCAAGGGUUUCGUACUCUUCUGUCCAGAUAUAUCGGAUAGUCGAUCGGAAGUGAUAUUUUCAAGGAAGGGAGGAACGUCAAAUGCAUUCUUGGUAUUCAAACGUGGCCUGGGACUUCUUGAUUUUUCUUCUUUUUUUUUUGUAUCUGUACAGUCAUGUCGUUCAACCACUGCAGUCAUUGUUAAUUCUUGUACAAGUUGUAUCACUGGUUGUUGUACCAUAUCUGACAUUUGUAAUUAUGAAAUAAUACACUGCCAUUUGUAUAAAAA